AAUUUCAUUUUAUUCCUCCCUUCGACAAGUCAUCAAUUGUUUCGUGGUGCGAUUGGAGUUGUGAAUAUUAUACAAUACGCAUUUAGACAUGCGCAUACACUAAAAUAUUGUUUUUUAAGUUGAUUAUCUUCGCCACAGUAUGGGUAAAAUGUGGGGAAAAUACAUACAAGUGUGGGUGGCACUUCUGAUUUGUACCGUAAUUGUCGAUGCACAGCAAUCUCAGCCGCAGCAACGCGUACGUUUCUCCUCAACGGGACAAGGCAGAAGGGUUCAACCCCAAUCAAAGUUCAAUGAGCAGUUGGUGGAGGAGCCAGAGUACGCUCAGUUGACAGUGGCGCAGAGAGAACGUCUCCUGCUCGAAACAGAAAAGUCGCUAAGAGUUCGUGAAUCGCAGGUUGAUAAGUCCGCGGUGGCUUAUGCGCAGCGAGAAGAAGUCCUAGCACAGAGAGAAGUCGCCCUGGACGCUCGAGAUGCCGAUCUCGACCAAAGGAGCAGAGACCUCGACAAACGUACCCUCCACGUGGACAAGAGACUCAAGGAGAGGGAGGCCAGGCUGGCUCAGAGGGAAGCCGAAUUGGCAACUCGUGAGCAAGAUAUUUUGAAGAUGGCGGAAGCUCGAGAACAGGAGAUUGAGCGAUUGAGCCGUGAGCGUGAGGCCUCGUCGAGACAGCGAGAAUGGGCGUUGGUGGAGCGAGAGACUGCAGUGGAGGGGAAGGAGAGGAGCCUCAACAUCAAGCCUGCCUCCCACAACCAACGCCUGCAGGGCGACACAGCAGUGACUGGUUUCUCCAGCCUUCGUACGCCGACUACGACCCAGUACCAACGACCACGCCCACAGCAACAAUUUCACCAGCAGCGAAUCGUCCCUGCAGUGGUGAGAACGACGCCAAAGUAUUCCGAGGACGACGAGGAUGCUGCCCCAUCAUCACCACCACCACCAAGACGACAACGAGUCCGACAACGGCAAUAACUUUUAAUUUUUAGUGUCGUAUCAGAAAUUAGUAUUAUGUGUCUUUCUAUUGAGCUUCAACAGUAAUAAAUUGUCGGAAGUAAAUUUUCGCGUCUCCUAAAUAUUCGCAAAGGAAAAAAAUGUCUCAUAAGUACUUAGGGGCCGUUCAUAAAUUAUGUAACGCAAAAAUCGUAAUAAAUAAAUAAAAUAAAAUAAA